CAUGACGGCGCAGGGCAGCGCCGAGGCACCGAGGUGACUUCAGCUUCAAACCGCUGCUUUAACGGCAUUUAACGGGGGGUUUCUGCGUGGUUCCGGGACGGUUCGGUUCGGCGGCUGGUGCCGCUGUUUCUGCUGGUGGUUACGCGAUCCGGAGCUGGUUUUAACCCGGAAUCAGCGACCAGAGUCACCGGGACCAGCCUGAGCUCCGCGGUCUCCGCCACGGUCACGUGGACAGGCCCGUUGCCAUGGAGCCCGCCUGGCGCCAGCAGGGGCGGGGCCGGGGGCGGAGUCAGGAGGCUCCGAAGCCACGCCCCCCACCGGAGCGGCCGGGGGCUGGGCGUGGAGUGAAGACGGCCCCGCCCCCUCCCGAGCCUCCACCAGGCAAGUCCAGGUUUGAGGAGAUCCGAAGGUCCGACCAGGAGGCAGCAAGGCGAUUGGCUGAGAGGCGCGUUAGCUCCUCCUCCUCCGACGACGACGACGAAGAUGGAGACCAGGAGGGUGGAGACCGGGGGAGGAUCCUGGCCUCCACCUUCACCAGCUACACCCAGACAGGUGGAGACGACUCGGGUCUGUCCAGAACCGGUCAGUACGUCAACGACUUGUUCCAGUCCGGAGCUUUAACCUGCUUGAUCUGCAUCGCCUCGGUGAAGAGAACGCAGGCGGUGUGGAGCUGUUCCGGAUGCUUCUCCCUCUUCCACCUGCCCUGCAUCCAGAAGUGGGCCAGAGACUCCGCCUUCCUGGUUUCCUCCGCCACCGACGAGGACUUUGGUCAGCACCAGCCGCCCUGGCCCUGCCCCAAGUGUCGGUUGGAGUAUCCGCCCAGCGCUACACCCUCCAGGUACACCUGCUACUGUGGGAAAGUGCAGGACCCCCCCUCCGACCCCUGGCUGGUUCCUCACUCCUGCGGAUCCGUCUGUCAGAGGGAGCUGAAACCCAGCUGUGGACACACCUGUCUGCUACUCUGUCACCCAGGUCCCUGCCCUCCGUGUCCCAAGAUGGUGUCAGUGUCCUGCAUGUGCGGCAAAGCCAAGCCCCUCCCCCGUCGCUGUAGCAACAAGGUCUGGUCCUGCCAGAAGCCGUGUGGACAACUGCUGUCCUGCAGGCAGCACACCUGUACUCAGCCCUGCCACUCAGAAUGCUCGGCGUGCCCCCGGUUCAGCGUCCAGAGCUGCGUCUGCGGCCGCCAGAGAACUGAGAGACCCUGCAGUAGUCCUCGCUGGAACUGUGAACAGGUGUGCGGCGCCCCCCUCACCUGUGGGAAUCAUACCUGCGAGGUGAUGUGUCAUGAGGGGGCGUGUCCUCCGUGUCCCCGCUCCGUCAGCAGAACCUGUCCCUGCGGAAAGACCAGCUCCGCCCUUCCCUGCACGGAGGAGGUUCCUCCCUGCGGCGACACCUGCGACCGCCGGCUGUCCUGCCUGAAGCACAGCUGCACCCUGAGGUGCCACCGGGGGAGCUGCGACACCUGCAGACAGGAGGUGGAGAAGUCGUGCCGCUGCGGCCGCUACAGGAAGCUAAUGGCGUGUCAUAAGGAAUAUCUGUGUGACUCCAAAUGUCCUCGAACCCGGAACUGCAGCAGACACGGCUGCCGGAGGAAGUGUUGCCCCGGCAACUGCCCCGCCUGCGACCAGGGCUGCGGUCGAACGCUGGGCUGCAGGAACCACCGCUGUCCGUCCGUCUGCCACCAAGGUAGCUGCUAUCCCUGCCCGGAGACGGUGAAGGUUUCCUGCACCUGCGGGUCGGCGGUUCUGGUGGUUCCCUGCGGCCGAGAGAAGAGCACGAAACCGCCGCGCUGCCGCGAGACCUGCAGGUGUCCCCCCUCCUGCCACCACCCCACCAGGGAGGUCCACCGGUGCCACCCGGGAACGUGUCCCCCCUGCAGGCAGAAAUGCCUGCUGGGUCUGCCGGGCUGCAGCCACCGCUGUCCAGAACCCUGCCACGACCUGGUUCUGGUCCGGUCCCAGCAGGUCCAACUGGCCGGUCCGUGGGAGCAGCCGUCAGAACCGGCCUUCAUGAAGAAAGCGCUGCCCUGCCCUCCGUGCCAGGAACCGAUUCCAACGUCCUGUUUUGGAGAACAUGAGGUCACCCCCGUGCCGUGUCAUCGGAGGGGGCGGUUCUCCUGCAGACGGCCGUGUGGACGACCUUUGACCUGCGGAAACCACAGCUGCAGCCGGGAGUGUCACCUGGUUACCAAAGGCAACGAGUGUGAAGCGUGUGAGGAGUCCUGCUCUAAGCCCCGCCCCCCCGGGUGCCCCCACCCCUGCUCCCGCCCCUGUCACCGUGACGACUGUCCCCCCUGCGGUCACAUGACCCGCCAGCGCUGCCACUGCAAGAUCAGCCUGCUCUACGUGGAGUGCACGAAGUGGACGUCAGCUGACCGUCAGACCAAGUUAGAGCUGAGCUGCUGCACCAACCAGUGUCCUCGAGAGCUGAGCUGCGGCCACCGCUGCAGGCAGGUGUGUCAUCCAGGUGUGUGUGAGAGUCGCUGCCAGCACAAGGUGAAGCUCCGGUGUCCCUGCAGGAGGAUCAAGAAGGAGGUCCAGUGCUCGGCGGCAGCCCCCGCUAACCUCCAGUGUGACGACGUCUGCAAGGAGCAGCAGAGGAAAGUCAGCCAGGUGAAGGAGGCGGAGCUAAGAGCAGCGCAGGAGGAGGAGCAGAAGAAGCUGCAGGACGAGCUGGAGGCCUUCGAGAAGCGCCGCGGCGGGAGGCGGAGCAAGAGGCGGGGCCGGAAGGAGGAGCUAGCGGACCCCCGGGGGGGCGGCGGGUGGACCCGGGUCCUGCUUCUGGUUCUGGUCCCGCUGGCCGGGGUUCUGCUGGCGGCCGCUGGCUACCACCUGCUGAACCGGGCCUGAACCAGAACCGCCGGGUUCCCCCCAGCCGGAGGGACCGGAGUUCCUGGAACCAAUCAGCUGCUGACGGAUCAGAACUUUACAAGAACAAAGUCCAGCUGUGUUUUAGUUGUAGAAGAAGUUUCUGCUUUAUUUAACCGGUUCUGGUCCCCACAAACCGGUUCUGGUCCUCACGAACCGGUUCUGGUCCCCACAAACCGGUUCUGGUCCUCCUGGUUUACUUCUAAUUGAUGACUGCGUUUCAACUUCUCUGUAAUCUUCUCCAUCACUAACCAACUAAUGAUAAUAAUAACAAUAUUAUUGUUAUCAUUAUUAUUAUUAUUAUUAUUAUUAUUAUUAUUAAUCUUUUUCAUCGUCACUAACGAACUAAUGAUAAUAAUAUUAGUAGUAUUAUUGUUGUUCUUCUUCAUCGUCACUAACCAACUAAUAAUAUUAUUAUUAAUCUUCUUCAUCGUUACUGACCAACUGAU